ACUUUUCUCAUAACUUGCGUGGGGCCGCAGAGAGGUCGCUGAGAGCGCCUUCUGAUUGGCCGGGCUAGAUAUGACGUCAUGAUUGUUGAACGCUUCUGUAGCGACGAGCAGAGCUGUCAGAAGAUUCGAGAGUCCGGUGGGAGAAACAAAAGCAGCAUGGAGCCUCUAGGCACUCUGCUGAGCCUAGCAGUGGUGUGCGUAGGGUUGGCGGCCGGAGCUGGCAAAGUUCAGAGAAUACCCAGCAGAGCUUGCUUGCGCCAAGGGUACUCGGACACUAUCUAUGACUACAACGGCACAGACUUCUGGGGUGCUCGAGACAUUUCCCUCUCAGAGUACCGGGGCAAGGUAGUGUUAAUCGCCAAUGUGGCGACCUACUGAGCCUUCACCAACCAUUAUUUGGGUUUGAAUGCACUACAAACCAAAUAUAAUAAUGACCUCGUAGUACUCGGAUUCCCCUGCAACCAAUUUGGACUGCAAGAACCUGGUGCCAACUCCACUGAGAUCAUGAAUGGAAUCAACUAUGUCCGCCCAGGCAAUGGAUUCCAACCCAACUUCCAGCUUUUUACCAAAAUCGACGUUAAUGGGGAAAAAGAACAUCCACUUUACACAUAUUUGAAGCUUCACUGUCCUACGACGAGAGACGGCUUUGCAAGCAAGGAGAGCCUCUUCUACGAGCCUGUCAAGAAUUGGGAUGUUCGUUGGAACUGGGAGAAAUUUCUCAUUGACCGUACUGGCCGCCCUCUCAUCCGCUACGACGCUAGCACACAUCCCGAUGCUAUCAUCAACGACAUAGAAAAACUCAUUACCUCCUAAUUUCUGGCAAUCAUUGAAUUAAUUCAGUUGCAUAUCUUUAUCUGAUAUUUGGUGAAAAUAUUUUAAAAUAGGACAUGCAAUAAAAAAAUUAUUGCUAAAAAUAUUAAAGGAGGAAAUACAAAAAGGUCUCCAGUUUUUUUAAAGUCAAAACUGUUUUAGAACAUUUGUUUUAAAACAUGACUGUUUUAGAAGUCAAACACUAAAAACAGUCAUGACACUACAAUAGACCCCGGUGUAAUUCUUCAUGAUUUUAAAGUCUUUAACAUUAUUUCUUUUAUAUAAUAGUCAUUAUAUACUUUGAAAAAGUACAUUAUAUAUAGUUGAAAAACUAAACAAAUAUUUUUAUAAAGCGGAUUACAAUUUUUAUAGGUUAAGUAUUAUAACUCAAUUUUCAUGGUGUAUAUUCAAAAAUUUCUAUUUUAUUAUAUCCUUAAAUUAACAUACAUUGAACUUAUGGUUUAUAAUUAAAAUUAUACUGACUUUUAAUUUAACUUUAACUUUGUGAAAAGCUUUGCUAAAAUUGUUUAAAAUAUAAAUUUGUUAUUCCCAUUUUUGUUGUGUGUAUAUUGCAUGUUAUUUUUAGAUUGUUAUGAUAUGUAUGUUUAAUAACUAGUUUAAUAUGCCUCGUGAAUUAGAGGGAAGUAUGUUUGUAUGGUUAGGAUAGAACCCUGGGGAAUUCCAAAUCUCAAAACCUCUUUAAUUAUGAUGGACUUGCCAGAAACCGCGAGGGGGGCAAGUUUUGAUGUUUGCUCAGCGACUUUGGAAUUCUUUAGUGCAUUCAAAUUUCAAAGUUGCUGUGCAGUCAGAGAGUUUUUGUGUUUGGGAUUUUUUAGGGAAGAAUGCUUGGUAAAGAAUUUGGGUUUGAAACGAGUGCAAUUGUUUGUAACAGUGGUCUAAAUAAAUUUGUACAAAAUAUUA